CGCUUGGUCGCACGAGGGCGGUAGUAGUAGCGUAACAACCAUAGAGAGCGUGCUCAUUCGUCCGUACGCCGUCCUACCGUACGGACGAGUCAGAAUAAUGGUUCGUUCGCGUUACAUUAGUUUGGCACCGUUGUCGCUGCCGUUGCCGCUGCCGUUGCCGUUGCCGUUGCCGCUCUUCGUGACAAACUUGACGGUCCUCGCGUGUCCGCUGGUGUACGCUCACACGACGCUCUCUUUACAAACUCUUGCAAAAGAUAAAUAGACUAACGAGAAAAAGAGGGAUAAAGAGAAGAAGAAGAAGGAGCGAAGGGGAAAGGAGGAAAAAGAAGCGUGAGGAAGCUCGAUCUCUUGGACGAAUUGUGUGUCCGGAAAUGUGACGAGUCAAUGCGAAACCGGUCGAGCCGAGUCGAGCCGAGCCGGUAACAUCGUCCUCCAAACGAAGAAGGGAGGGAAACUGAGGUGGAUUAUUACGGCACUGACGGUGUGGUACCAUGGACCUCGUCGUUCAUGGAUGUCUUCGAUCAAAGCCUGGAACGUCACGGGUCCGCCAAGCCGGCCGGUGGUUCGAGCAUGAUCGAGAAGACGGAUUGUGAUCCCGUGGAUUGUGAGAUGGAGGUCGCGCGGGAGAUCCAAGGAGGCCUAGUAGAAGCAACGCGUACGAUUACGGAGAAGCAAGAGAAGGAAACUUAUGAAAAGAACGAAGAUGGUACAACAACAUCAUCAUCAUCAACAACAACAACAACUUGCAGCGAAUCGAGCGGCUGCAUUCUUUUGGACAAAUUCGUUCCCGAAUGUUUUCGAGAAGAAGAAGAACGUAUGCAGGUCGAUGAGAAUGUCGAGACCCAAUCGAAGACGACCGUUGACGUCUUUUCGGGUUCUUCGUCAUCGUCAUCGCCGUCGCCAUUGUCCUCGCCAUCAUCUUCGUCUUCUUCGUCGUUGUCAAGAAAGAGACCAGCCGGUAGCGACUUUCUGUCGAUCGAUACAGAUGCCAAGAGAAUCGGCGUGGAGAUGUCCGAGGAAGAAACGAAUCAAUUGAAAAACGACGUCAAAAGACUUUCGCCCGUUGAGAUAAGCCUUCGAGAACGUACACUAGGUGAGAUCUCAUUGACUCCGGAAUCACGGUUGUUUUGCGAAGACGUCAACAACGUCACGUCGGAGAAUUUAUCAUCGUCCAAUGUUUCUCGAAUGAUACGUCAUAGGCAAACUAUGAUUAAUGAUUUGGUCGAUGCUAAUGAAGAUAGUACGAAGACACGAUCAAAGUCUAAGAUCUAUAAAACGGACGAGACGAUUGAAAACGACGAAUGUACUAGAAGCGUCGAAAUCACGGAGAACGUCGAAUGUAAAUUGCAUAAGGAUAACACGGACGACGGCGUUGAUAAUGACGAUAAUGAUGAUGAUAAUGGUGAUGAUGAUAAUGGUAAUGAUGAUGAAAAUUCCUGUUGCUCAACGUCGUUCCGUGAGAAUGACAUUCUCCCUUGUGAAGACGGAGUCGUUGACGAUUCCAAAGCCGAUACGUCCGUCGUCAUGAAGUCGGAGAAAGAAGAAGGUACAGAUUCUCUGCGUCAGUUGGUUGUCAUGCUGAAUCGUGUGGACGAAGAGAUCAAAGAUAAGUCGGAUCCUAAGGAAUGCAAAAACAAUGUUCUUAGUGCGAUGAGACCGAGAAAGAUUCCUCGAGAAGACGGCGGUACGACUGCGAAGGACAAUGUAUACGAAACGAUGCUAAAGACUAAUUUGUCGCCUCGUAAACUGAUCGUAGUGCUAAAUCGUAUAGACAUGAAGGAAGGUGCUAAAAAGGAGAAAGGAAAUGUUGACCGAUGCGUUGAUAGCAAUAUAGUCGAAUCUACGGCAGAUUGUCGAACAAAAAUUGAUAGUACGAUGCAAAAAAUAUCUACUCGUUCUUCCGUGCAAAAGCUUUUAGACAUGAACAAUAUUGUAAGUUCGAAGGAUGGAUACACGGAAGAAAGUAACAAAAACGAUUCGCUUUUACUCGAUAGUUAUCCGGUCGUAUUGUCUGGUAUAGAGAAGGAAAAUAGCGUUGACGAUGUAAGCAAUUUGCGGCAAGCCGAGUUAAACGAGGAAGUCGAAAUCGUAGGUUCGGAAACGCAAAGGGCACUCUCCCCGACAGUGUCCAUUGUGGCUAAGUAUGAUGAUCCAAUUUCGUUGGACUCGAAUGGAAUAGCUUUCGAUGAAGCCACACGUUAUUCGAUAAGAAAUAAAACGAAAAUGAUCACCGAGGAGGAGGAGGAGCAGGAGGAGGAGGAAGAAGAAGAGGAGGAGGAGGAGGAGGAGGAUGAUGAGCUCGGCGAGGAGGAAGAGUUACGAGUUGAGAAAAAUGUUGCGAGGAGAAGUAGCGUGUUACAGAAAUUAAAUAAAGAAGAAGUGCCUAGCGGUGGGGCGGUAGUGAUCGAGAAACUCAAAGAGGAGGAGGAAGUCGUUUUGGCGACGUCGUCGACUAUGCCGAACGAAGAUGACGAUCAUUUGCGAAAUCUUGACUCGUCUGAUUUGGAUUCGUCCGAGACAACAACGCCAGGUUCACCUGGAGAAGCGCUGGAAGCUUCUGCCGAUGUCCAAGAAGCGAUUGAUACCGAGACAGAAACCGAGACUGGUUCCGACAGUUCCGAGAUGCCAACGUCCAUUGUUCGUAUUCGCGGCACCAGCUGCGAAGGAGAAGACAUCGCCGAUGCAGCGAAUAAUUGCCCCGAGAAUGAGACUCUCUGUUGCGACGAGAUAGCGUCCGAGAUGAUAACCAGGCUCGAGCCAGAAAAACCAGAACCUUUCACCGAGGAUUCCGCAGAGAGUUUAGCGUUGACGACUGGUGCAAGAGACGAGGUUAGAUCCGACGGGAGCGAUUCUGGUCUUGGAAGCGAAAUACCUGGAGAUCCUGGACCAGCACCAGCUCCAGAGAGCGAUUCCGAGACGUCUUUUCUUGACAGAAUACCGGAUGAUAUUCUUUCCGACAAGGAAAAAGCUGUGAACCAACUAGAGGAGAGCUUUGUACCGGAAACGAGUGUCCCUGGGGCAUCGCAGGCUACGUUAGCGACGUUCCGAAAUCCUCCGAAAAGCAAUCUUAAACGUAGACUGACUGAUUGUAUGGAAGGAGAACCGAGCCCUAAAAGAAGCAAUACUACCGAGGAGCCUAUGAAGAAGAAACGAAACAUCCAUUUUGAUGCCGUUACUGUUUAUUAUUUUCCUCGAGCGCAAGGUUUCACUUGUGUUCCUUCGCAAGGUGGUAGUACUCUAGGCAUGAGCGCGACUCAUACGCACGCCGAAAGGUUUUCUCUUUCCGAACAUGCGGCCGAGCAAAGGAGAUUGCAUCGGGCUAGAUUGGCGCAGCUACGUUCAGAACGUGCAGCAAAUUGCGCGACGGAAGCUGCUUCGAGUUCGGAAGAUCCGAGCGACGAUACCGAUGAAGAACCCAGCGACAACGAGGAGCUCGACAUCGAUAGUUAUUAUUUUCUACAGCCUGUACCAACGUGGCAGAGACGUGCGCUUCUUCGUGCGGCCGGUGUACGUAGGAUAGAUGCCGUUGAGAAGGACGAAUGUCGAGAUAUCCGCGCGAGUCGAGAACACUGCGGCUGUGGAUGCAAGGGAUACUGCGAUCCGGAGAGUUGUCCUUGUAGCAGAGCGAACGUCAAGUGCCAGGUCGAUCGCGCCGGUUUCCCUUGCGGUUGUACCCGGGAUGGUUGUGCCAACAGCUCCGGUAGGAUAGAAUUUAAUCCGGUACGAGUGCGAACACACUUCAUACACACGUUGAUGCGGCUCGAGUUAGAGAAGAAGCAACGCGAUGAAGAAGGAACUGAUCACGAGGGCACCGACAAUCAGAAUAAUAAAAGCGGACCAUUGCGAGAUAUCAAUUUGGGCUCCCUAAUAGACAAUUCUAAUACGGAAGCGUGUAUAACUGGUGGUGGUUUUACAACGUUACAUUAUGAAAAUCAUGAUGCCGGCAAUGGUAGUUCGAAUUGUCAACCAGAAGUACCUGGUACGCGAGAAGAUAGUUUAGAUCUUUAUGCUAUAAGAGACGAUUGUUAUCCGAACGAAGACACGGUCGAUGGUACGCAAGGUGGCCAAAGAAAAUUGCAUCCCGAAUUUAGUCAAGCUUUUCAAACAUUUUCGGGCCAAACAGCAGGUGCAAAUAUGAAUUUUCAACAGACCGCUUAUCAGGAUUAUCAGGCUUAUACAAAUCUUCCUUCCACGUCUAGGGUUCAAUUUCAGCCGCAAUUUCAACCAGUGCCCGGAAGCUCAGGUUUCUCGCAUUACGCGGUCUAUGGGCAAGAUGGCACAUCUGUGCAGGACAGUUGCCAGGUACAUCCUGGGCAACAUUCUUCCAAUUACGAGGCUAGCUUCGCGCAAGACGAAUCGACCGGAUCGCAAUAUACAAAUUUGAAUUCUGUGCAGCCGAUGAACGGUGGAGUUCAGCAGAUAGGUAAGCUAGAACCGUUCUCGGAAUUGCUAUCCGGUAGGUAUUCGUAUUAUGGCGAGAUAGAGCCGCAAGCGCAUGGUACUUAUCAUGGAAACGCAAAUAAAGAAGGAGAAAAGGAUCAAACUACGAACGAGCAACAAUCGGAAAGUACGGAGGAAUGCGAUGAAAAUUUUGGAGAGAUCAUUAAAAAAUCUAUGGUGGAGACGGUAUCCGCUUAGAUUGAAUCGUCUUGGUUAAUACGACGAGUAGUGGUGGGUGUCGUCCAACGGCGAUACGAUGAUGCACGUCCUUGUCUCGUGUGUUGCGACAUUUGCAUCUUGAUGAUUUUAUAUAUAUAUAUAUAUAUAUAUAUAUAUAUAUAUACACAUAUAUAUACACAUAUAUAAUUGUCAAGAGUUUAAUAAUCCGUCGAUGAGUUUCGAUUCGAUCGAAGAAACUUUCUCGAUAGAGAGGAAGAAGGAUGUUGGAACUUUGAUAGUUCCGUUACUUCUGUGCGAUUAGAUAAAUCCGAUUUUAUUGUUGUUCGUGAUUUUUCGAAAGAACGAUAUUCUUUCGUUAAGAAUCACUGGCGAUGUACGAUGAGUCCCAUGGAUAUCGUUAGAAAAAAUAUUGCGGCUACAUAUGCGUCCGCCCGGGAUGGAAAUCUUGGAACGUCCUUCUUGAAUAGUUUAUAUCGAAACUUCCCUCACUCACACCACCCUACCUCGCACUCAACCCCUGGAGCUUCUUCGAAGUCGAGAGAAAGAAUGAUAGACACAUCGGAAGAAGUAUGAUGUCGAAGAAUGCUAAAAGAAAAUCGGGGUCGUGCGAAUUCGCCGAAGGAUUAUUCAAAAGGAAGGUCUCCGUCGAAAAUCUUUGUGGAGGGCAGACUCCUUUGAAAAAAAAAAAAAAAAUAAUAAAAAAAUAAAGAUAAUAAUAAAAGAAGAAAAAAAAAGAAAUGAGAAAGAUAAAAAAAAGAAAGAAAGAAUGAAAGAAAGAAAGAAAGAAAGAAAGAAAGAAAGAAAGGAAGGAAAAAGGAAGGAAAGAAAAAAAACAGGAACGAAAAACAAAUAUAUAUGUAUAUAUAUAUAUGAAGAAAAUGGCGGGUAUGCUACCAAAGUGACAGUAGGUAAUCAACGUGGUUGUGACCAAGAAACAACAUGGGAUCAGCUUAGAAAUGCGGUUUAUAAUAACUAGCGUUAUAAAAAUACUUGUAAACACGUAGCUCAGAACGGAUCGUAUGUCUCUUUUUAAAAGGGAUACUUUGGAUUAUAUAAGAAAAAAAUGCAAAGUGACGAAUAGAUGAAUAAUUUUUUGUUUGUUUGUUUGUUUGUUUGUUUGUUCAUUCGUUUGUUAUAUUUCUCGAUCGUAUUAAAAAAAAAAACACAAAUUGGAUUUUACCAAUUUAUAAAAAUGAUAUGAAAAAUAUGCGCGUAUUCGCAUCCUCGGUUACACACGAAUAAUACGACACGUGAGCGAUUGUGAUAUACUCGUGCGUAUGAUGCAGUUUUGCGCACACACAAAGGUCAUAGGUUAUAAGAAAUAUAUUAUCGCGGAACUUUUAUAUAUGGGAUCGAGAGAGAUCGCAUUUGAAAAAUGGUCUUUUCGAUCGUCGAUUUACACCUGUUCUUCGGUAAUAGAAGAUAUAUACAUCUUUCUUGUACCGUGUCCACGUUUAUUAAAUGAAAAGCACAAAUGUUUGAAAAUAAUACGAACGGCCAUUUAUAAUAACGUCGAGAAGAAAGAGCGCAUGGUGCUGACGUAAAACGACACGCGCAUGUCGUUUGCAAAAAGUUAAGCGUUAACAUUUAAACUCUAAUCGAAUUUUGUUCUCUCGUCGUACCUCAUUUGAAAUUGCAAUUUUCUUUUGUUUUGCGCCUCAUAUUUAUAAAAAAAAAAAAAAAAGAAAGAAAGAAAAAAAAUUCUCAUGGAGAACGAAGGCCUUGGAAUACAAUGUUACUCCUCCGACAAAUAUGAAACGAUUUCAUGGUUAAAACGUUAAAAAAAAAAAAAAAAAAAAAAAAACAGAACAGAAAAGAAAAGAAAAAAGAAAAUGCAAUGAAACUCUUGCUAUAUUAUACAUUGUCCUUUUCUUCUCUCUUUUUUUUCUUUUUUUUUUUUCUUUUUUCUUUUUCUUUUUUUCUUGCGGCACAUGUCACAUGUAUUCUUAAUCACCCAGUAGAUUUUCUGACACAGACCUUUUCAGCAUCCCGGGACGUUGAUCGCUAAUACCCACAAUUAAUUCAAAUAAUUCUACAUAAGAAAACAAUGAUAUAUGAGGAUUAGUAUUAAAUUUAUACAUACUUAUUGUGUGGACGUGUCAACUCCCAAACUCCUUCUAUUAAGAAUUUUCCUUUAUUCCUACCCUCAUUCUUUAUAUGUUUCUUCUCAUUGAUCGGUGCCUAAACGAUUAAUAUAAUUCGUGUAUUUUGCACGAGCGUUUUUAAAAAAAAGAAAAUGAAAAAGAAAAAAGUCCGUCAUUGAAAAAGACGUGUAUUUAUAAAGAAGGAGAAGCGAGAAACGUCGUCGUUUAUACGCGUUAUGUGGGAUGUGACACUUCCGUAUGGCAUAUAAAUAUACAUAUAAGCACGUAUGUAAGUAACUUUUAGAUUAUUUGAGUAAAAAAAAAAAAAAGGCAUACAUAGUUGAUAGCGUUUUAUUAAAUGUUGUGAAAAAGUC